CGCGCGCACGCGCACGAUCACAUGAAUCGCAUCAUUCACAUCCCAGGCAGACACCAGAAUCGUGAGCGAUGCGAGUUAUAUGUUUUGAGUGCCGUUCGUCGCAGUUUCGCGAGCAGACUUGGAAAAUGACGAGUUUGUCGGUGCGCUGGAGAUAAACUGCGAUUAAUUUUGAAACGUUACCUCGAGUGUGUCACGAGAGAAGAGCAGCGAUCCCUUGCCGAGUACGAGAGUAGUUAUAACCUCCUUGACUCUUUUCUCUCGACUGCAUCUUUUCCUUGCAACUUUUCAUGACAUUAAUCUGAAAUAGUUGAAAUAGAAUUGUAUACAUUUAGUUGAGCUGUCGAAUGAUACAUGAUCGCGUUACGUCAACUAUCAAAUUCAAAGAGGAUGGAGAGCGAACGCUUAACCGGCGGCAGGGAGACGAGGAGAGACGAGAGUGCUGAGGAGACUCUAGGUUUGACUACCACGGUAGCCUUGGAUACUCUGCACCGCGAUGUCGGACGCGUUCUGCAGGAGUACCAAGAGGAUCGCAGAAGAAAUAAGAAGUAUAGGGCUUGGCUCAAGGACGCUCUGCACCAUCGUAGCCAGUAUACGACGCUCUGCUGGACCUCUGCGAUCGCAUUGCUAAUAAACGCCGUGAUUCUCAUCGUCGCGUUCUUCACGCUCAAUGAAACAUGGUAUUCGACACUGCCGUACGAAGGACUGAUAGUCUGUUGUCUAGUAGUAUUGAAUUUUAUCCUAGUGGUAUCGGAUAACAAAUUACGACACGAGGAGAUUCCUCAUAGAGUGAAAACUCUUCUCGGCCAACUCGAUGUUGCGCGCGCCACGUGUCAAUGGAAAUCCAACAACUAUCCGCAUCUGUGCAGUCCGCAGUCUCCUUGCCUGACCCUGCAGUGGACGUAUCGCGAUGGUCAGGUGGUCAACUUGCCGUGGGCUUUGUUAGUGGCCGGUGACAUAAUCGUGAUGAAACCAGGCCAACAAGCACCCGGAUAUUGCGUGCCGUACAACGACCCGGAAGCGCCGGUUUUGCACGCGAGAGAGACUUACAGCGCGCCGGUACACAGCGCCAACGAAAUCUUCUCGACGCCACAGGCCCGCGCGCCGCUCAAGAGCAAGAUCUACAAGCUCCAGGAGACGCCGUAUUUGACGAACCUCCGAAUGGCGCUGGAUCAAGCUCUCGAUCGACCGGUCACCUAUUACAAUCGCAAGCGUCACUUACUCAUGAUCUGCUGCAUCGAACACUUGACCUAUCCGAUACUCGUGAUCGUUAUCCUCGUGGUGAAUCUGCUGCGUUACCUCUAUCUGGCCGACUACUUUGGCGCCGGCCGCUGGAGCGACAUGUUUCUGCUGCAACCGAUCGCCGUAAGCCUGCCGUUACUGCCGCUGGUCUUCCCCGCCUGCUGGAUAUUCCUCAACUGCUUCGGCAUGGCCCGCUUCAAAGCGUUGUUCAAGCUUUAUCUCUCCGCAAAGAAGCUCCAGUUUGUAGAUCCUUUCGAAGACGCGGACAUGAGUGGCCCCAAUCAUCCGGACGUGGUGUACAAUUGGCUGGAACUCAACGAGUACUUUUUCAAUAUCCUUUUCGGCAACGAGCACAUGAUGUCGCGAUCGGCGAGUAUUUUGCACGUACUGGGCUCUGUGACCGCACUGUGCUGCGUAGAUAAGAAGGGAAUUCUCUCGUGGCCUAAUCCUACGGCGGAGAAAGUAUUUUUCCUACGUAACGCCAAUAUCUUGUCGCCGAGCUCGAGUACCGGUAGCGUGGACAAGACAGCUGACAAGAACCAGGAGUCCGAGGAGACCAAGGUGAAUUCCAAUAGAACGUCUUACGUACAGCACGAUAUGUCGCACUCCACCGCCGAGGUCUUGGAUCUCACCCACGAUCACGCCCUACCCUUCCGACUGCAGUUCGACGACCUCUCCUGGCGACGGCAUCUCAACUCGCUGAAGCCGCUCGGCCUGGCGAUCCUCCUCAAUACGUGCAACAUGGAUACGCAGGAGCACUACAUGCAAUUCUGCUGCCAUGUCACUUGCGAGGCUCUCUACAAUGAGAACCUGGUCCCAGUGACCAAUAGACGAUGUCUGUGCGAACUGGCCAAGCAAAUCGGCUUCCAGGACCACGCGCAAAAGAUCUUUCAACUGGAGCAGCAACUGUGUACAUUUAGACACGUACAACCGGAGAUGGUCAGGCGGGAUAUUAAGUUCGCGCGUUCGCUGAGCAUUGCGACAAAGUUAAAGUUCCCGUUUCCUCAUAUGGUCGCCGUGGUUGUGAAAGAGCGCAGCGGUGGUGGUCUGCAAUUGUUGACGCAAGGAACGGCCGACAUAAUUCUCGACUCGUGCAUCGAAUAUUGGGACGGUCACGAUCUCUGCCCUCUUUCCGCAUCGGACAGAAAAAAGGUGCAGGACUUCUACCAGAGGACGAGCUUGACUUCCUACUGUACCGCAUUCGCUUACCGACCACUUACGCGCGCCAUUGGCGACAAAAUGUCAGAGAUAUAUCUGGAGCUGCCUGCUGAUAGUAAACACUUGUACACCCCUCACAGGAGCCCGACCCCCUUGCCAUGGGACUUUAGAAACGUUCUCGAUCCCAGAGUACGAGGAAUACUGGGGCAGUUUCAUUCGACAGAUUCCUUGUUGUGCAACGAAAACAAGGAUGAUGACGUGAGCGACGUCGAAAGUUGUUUCGAGAUGCAGUGCAAUCAGGUCUUCAUUGGAAUGGUGACCAUGCAAUAUCAGGCGCAAACCGACAUGGUGCAAUUGAUCGAGCAACUGGACAGGGCGUGCAUUAGAUUUGUCCACUUCAGCAAGGAAAACGAGUUGCGCUCGCGCGUUUUCUCGGAGAAAAUGGGUCUGGAGAGCGGCUGGAAUUGCCACAUCUCGUUACUCAGCGAGGGUGCCAGGUCCGAGAGUCCAGUGGGUUGGUGGGUGAGCCAGGCAGCAGCCAUGUCCUCACCCACUCCCUCACCCACGGCCCAAUCUCAUCAGCCUAAUUACUCCUGCAUGGACGAGGCCAGCCACUUGCUUAGUCGUGUCUUACCUCGCACCAACUUGAACAACAGCCGAGCGAUGAGCAUGUCAGCGCCGAGCGCUAUCAACACGGACUUCUCAACGGUCAAGUUCGACGAUGAGACUACCGAGUGGAACAACACGGGGCCUUCGCAGAUCAAGAGCACGAUGAGCCAUAGGGAGCAGGACACGGUGAGGAGCGAGGACAGUGUCCUGGUGCAAAGCGUCGAUCUGGGAUCAGGCCAAGAGGCUUGGAGAUCCUUGAGCUGCCUCACCGACAGCACCGAGCAAAGCGCGCCGGUCAACUUUGAUCUGUCAAACAGGGCCAAAUUGCCGAGGGGCAUAGAUAAGAUACGUCCGCACAUCGAACUGAUAGAUAACGUGCCACUGCUCGUGUCCCUAUUCACCGACUGCAACACCACAGUGACUCGCGAGAUGUUGCACAUUAUGCAGGACUACGGCGAAGUGGUAUGCGUGCUCGGAUCCUCCGCCAAUGCUGAGAACAUGCCAAUCUUCAUGCAGGCUGACGCAGGAGUUGCCGUGGAGCCUUUGUACCCUCAGGUGUGUCAAAAAGUAUCAGUGUUGGUACCCACCGCGGAGACCCAAGGGAUUUCUCCCGUCGACCUGAGUAGAGCGCUCAACUCUGUCGCGUGUUCACUGAGCGUGAAACGCGAGGACCCUGUGGCAAUCUUUCAUCUCAUUAUGGAGGCUCGUCAUUAUAUGAAGAACCUAUGGAACUGUAUACAAUUCUGGCUGUGCUGCUUAGUUACGCUCUCAUUUGUGCAAAUGCUCUCGGCGUUUCUACUGCUGCCGCCGCUCUUCUCCAUCGACCAAGUCCUCUGGCUGUGCUGCUUGAUAAUUCCCAUACUAUCGACAUCCAUGAUCGCCACUCCGAUAGACCCGACGAUAAUGCAACGCGCCACCGGGAAGAAUCAAUGUGUGGUCAACGGAGAGGUCACGCUAUUCGUGCUCUGGUGCUACGGUAGCAAGUUCUUGCCGACAGUGAUCACGGUGAUUCUCUCGCAGUGUCUCUCGUUCUUGACGCUUUGUCCCGUCUAUGUGCCACAAAACUCCAAAUGUCUGUAUAUAUAUCCGGACCCGCGGGACCAGAUUUGGGGCGGCUGGGGCAGCAGGCCGAUCGUCAUUCUGGUCGUGCAGCAUUUCGCUCUCACGCUCAUAGUCCUGCACUUUGUCACGAUAUCCGUCAGCUUUGUGCACAGGGAAUACUCGAUAUGGAAGAAAAACCCUAUGAGUAAUUGCACCUGGUUUCUUGGCGUACUUAUCGUAUUAUGCGUGCAAGCGGUGUUCUCCGGCGUGGCGUUCCGCAAGUUUUGGCGCGAGGAAAGCAAGAGGAUGGAGAACUUGCCGAUACAGGUGCCGUUGUUCUUUCUACUCUCCGUUCCGCUGACGUUCGCGGUUAACGAGUUGAUCAAGUGGCAAGAGAUCAAAGUGAACGUCAGAUACCAGAAGAGGGCGCGUUUAGAAUUUGGUACGAAACUGGGAAUGAAUUCGCCAUUUUAAUCCAAUUCGUACCAAUCGAUGAUGUCUUGGAAAUAUCAAAUGCGUUUUAAAAGAUAUACGGGUACAUCGUUAAGCGUAUAUGUAUAUUAUUAGUGUGAGUGUGCGCGUGUGUCACAUUGAAAGUACUUACAAUUCUGUUGCUGCAAACUCGAGAGGUCCAAAGAGCUCGAGGGUUUUUAAGAGUGAGCUUUGUGUACUUAUAACGCCGUGUCAAAUAUUGCCAAACCAUUAGUAUUUUUCUAUAGCGAUGUGCACAUUUAUAUUUUACGAACAAUGGUCCACGGACGCCGUCGUACGAUACAUCGUACGAAAUCGUACGAACGAUAGUGGAAUUUCUAUCUCAUUUUAUCAAAUCGCUCUGAUUAAGACGGUUUUCUGUCAACGACAAGUCACUUACGGAAAACCGCAAGAAUCGUCGGGGCGCGUUAUGCGCUUUUCUCGCUCUUGAGUCUGUCAUAAUUCAAGAUGUCCCACAUAAUAGGUGUCGCCUUAGAUUUCGCUUUGAAGAAAAAGGAGGGUGAUUAUCAACGGAAAGGUUUUCUCCUAGUAUCCAUAGUAGAGCGUGCCUGAGACAUCUUGUAUUUGACGACUUUAGUAUUACGUAGAGUAUUUGUACACACGUAAAAAGAUGUUCCUCGUUGAUAACUUUGACACCCUCGUCAAUGUUCGAUCUCGCGAGCUCGUUGUAGAAUCGCAUAAUCGAAAAGUCGGACGUUUUUAGCAACGUGGAUGCAACGAUAGUAAUUUAUUUGUUGUGAUCGUGGAUUAGCGAAGAGACUUUAGCGAAUUAGAUGUACUCUGCGAGAUUAUAGGUAGCCGCAUCAAACGAAAUUCCAACUCUAGUAGCAGGAGUCUCGCUGGCACGAGACAGUUCUCUGGUUGUGAGACAGUGCUCGGUCAUACUUGCGACUAGGUUUUUUUCAUUUCCCGUCGAUAAAGUGGAAUAUGUAUAUCUUCAUUGCAAUGUUCAAAACGGCCAAACCUCCAUAAACAAUUUAAUUUCUCCUCUUACGCUAUUCUACCACCGUUCGAUUCCGACCAACGAUACUACGAACAUGCACACGCCUACCUAUAUUGCUCGCUUUUUAAGCUCUCAAUUGAUGACGCAAUUUUCAUUCGUUGCACAAGGUAUGAACCUGGAGGGGAAAUGAAAAAUUGUGGUUACUCGAUCCUAAUACACUUACAAUUAGAUCCUGUUACACGGGUAGAAAUUCAAUUCUUUUUUACAUUUUCGAAAAAUAUAAUAUUCAAGGAUGUUUUCUCACAAUACAGUAAAUUGAAAUUAUCACAAACGGGCUGCUCGUCUUAUUUAAAUCUCAAAUCGGACACCUAUUUUUUUUCUUACCUAAAGGUGCAAUUCUACGCACAUUAGUUUUUUUUUUCUUUGCGUCGGUUCCAAAAUUAAUAUUGAUGGACAUACGAUUCCACAAUUACUUGCCGAUGACUGCAACUUGGUUGGAAAAAUUAUUGGGCAAGAUUGGACCAAAAUUGCAGAAGCAGGAUAUUUGGUCCUUCCUUAAUUUUUUUACUUGUGUUCUUUUAUUCUUUUGCGCCACCUCUUUGAUUUCAGUGUCGCUUUGCUAUUAGUUGGACAGGUUGGACUGACAAUGAGUCGAACUUUGACCGACUUUUCUUCGCGCGCAUGAAAUUGCACCUUUAUAUUGCACGGUGAUUGAAGCUGAAAUGUAAGUAAAAGAGAUGAAAUGGAUCUGAUUCUUUGUGUUGUGCGAUGAUAAGUCGGAGGUUUGACUAUCUUCGUUAAACGAUAUUCCACUCUAGUAUAACAGAUUUAUUUUACUAAUAAACUGCCAUCGUAGCAUGGUGUAUCGUCCCGAUGUUGUUAGUACUACAUUCUAGACUUUUGGUUUUACGUAAUAAAAUGGAUCUUUUUUUUAAGACGAAAAUAAAAUAUUCAUUAAAC